AUGCCUGGGCUGCUGAACCAGCUCACAGGGGCAGCCCUGCCCCUCACCGCCUCCGAUGUCACCUCCUUCGUCAGUGGCUACGCCCUGGGGCUGACGGCCUCUCUCACCUAUGGCAACCUGGAAGCCCAGCCCUUUCAAGGCCUCUUUGUGUACCCACUGGAUGAAUACACCACAGUGAUCGGCUUUGAGGCAGUCAUUGCCGACCGUGUCGUGACAGUACAGAUCAAGGACAAAGCCAAGAUGGAGAGCAGCCACUUUGAUGGCACCCGCAUCCGAGCCACAAAUGUCACAGGUGAGGAGGACGGAAAGGCCGUGGCAGGGCCUGGCAAAGACAAGCAUUGCUUCGGCACCCGGGCCCUGGACUCCUGGAACAAGCUGUGCCUGGCAACUCUCCUGGACACCGAUGUGUCCAACCCCAUGGAAUACGAGUUCAACUUCCAGCUGGAGAUUCGCGGGCCGUGCCUGCUCGCAGGGGUGGAGAGUCCCACCCACGAGAUCCGAGCUGAUGCUGCCCCAUCUGCACGCUCGGCCAAGAGCAUCAUUAUCACCUUGGCCAACAGGCACACCUUCGACCGGCCGGUGGAGAUCCUCAUCCACCCCAGUGAGCCCCACAUGCCCCACGUCCUGAUGGAGAAAGGGGACAUGACCCUGGGAGAGUUUGAGCAGCACUUGAAGGGAAGAACGGAUUUCAUUAAAGGGAUGAAGAAGGACAGCAGUGCAGAGAGACAGACAGAAAUCAUCCGGAAGCGUCUCCACAAGGACAUCCUCCACCAUUCGGUCAUCAUGCUCAACUUCUGCCCCGACCUCCAGUCAGUCCAGCCGAACCUGAGAAAGACCCAUGGGGAGUUUAUCUUCCUCAUUGACCGGAGUGGCAGCAUGAGUGGGACCAACAUCCACCGUGUCAAGGAUGCCAUGCUGGUGGCUCUUAAGAGCCUCAUGCCGGCCUGCCUCUUCAAUGUCAUUGGGUUUGGAUCCACAUUUAAGACCCUCUUCCCUUCCAGCCAGACCUACAGUGAGGAGAGCGUGGCCAUGGCCUGUGAUAACAUCCAGAGAAUGCGGGCCGACAUGGGUGGCACCAAUAUCCUCUCCCCGCUCAAGUGGAUCAUCCGGCAGCCAGUGCACCGAGGCCACCCACGGAUUCUCUUCCUGAUCACGGACGGUGCCAUCAACAACACCGGGAAGGUGCUAGAACUGGUGCGAAACCAUGCCUUCUCCACCAGGUGCUAUAGCUUUGGAAUUGGACCGAACGUGUGCCACAGACUGGUGAAAGGGUUGGCAACUGUGUCCAAGGGCAGUGCUGAGUUUCUGAUGGAGGGAGAACGGCUGCAACCCAAGAUGAUCAAAUCCCUGAAGAAGGCUAUGGCCCCAGUCCUGAGUGAUGUAACUGUGGAGUGGGUCUUCCCUGAGACCACCGAGGUCCUAAUCUCGCCUGUCAGCACCAGCUGCCUCUUCCCUGGAGAGCGGCUGGUGGGGUAUGGCAUUGUGUGUGAUGCCUCCUUAUACAUCUCCCAUCCCAGAUAUGACAAAAGGAGACGAUACAGCAUGUUGCACUCUCAAGAGUCCAGCAGCUCUGUCUUCUACCACUCACAGGACGAGGGGCCCAGCCCAGACAGCAGGGACUGUGUCAGGGGCAUGGGCGCGCCCUGCAGCCCAAGGCAGCCCAAAGAUGCCCAGCCAUCCACCGGAGACCCCAUCGCCAAUCUUGGUCUGGACUUCUCCCAGCGACGGCGGGCAUAUAGCACCAACCAGAUCACCAACCACAAGCCUUCCCCAAGGGCCACCACAGCCAGCGACCCCACAGUGCCUGCCAGGAGAUACCCACUGCGGAAAGCCAAGCCGCAGGAUCUCACCAACCAGACCAGCACAGAGGCCUCGUGGUGGCAGAUUGAUCUGCAGCCCUUGCUCAACAGCGGUCCGGACCUGAGCCAGGGCCCCAAACUCCGCGGCCCAGGUGCCCGCAGGCCGUCUCUGCUGCCCCAAGGCUGCCAGCCCAGCCUGCCCUCCAGCCAGGAGACCCAGACCUGGAGCCCCAUGAAAGAGCCCGAUCUUGGGUUUAACCUGAAGCCUGCUUCAGACAGCCGUAGCCCUGGGGACCUGGAACCGUCCCAUCACCCUUCCACCUUCGAGACCGAGACGUCCUCGGACUGGGAACCCCUGGCCGAGUCCGAGGAUCGGGUCAGUCCCAGCAGGCCCCCUACCCCAGGCCCGGUGCUGGGCAAGGCCGUGGUCAAGGGCCUGCGCGACAGCCAACGUUUGCAGUGGGAAGUGAGCUUUGAGCUGGGGCCCCCCGGCCCGGAGAGGGGAGGGGCACACGAGGCCGACCUGUGGAGCGAGACCUUCCACCACCUGGCGGCCCGCGCCAUCAUCCGCGACUUCGAGCAGCUGGCGGAGCGCGAGAACGAGAUCGAGCAAGGGUCCAGCCGCCGCUACCAGGUAAACGCUGUGCACACCAGCAAGGCCUGCAACAUCAUCAGCAAAUACACGGCCUUUGUUCCUGUGGACGUGAGCGAGAGCCGGUACCUGCCCACCGUGGUGGGGUACCCCAACUCUGGUGCUGCAUGGCGGAUGGUCAGCUCUCAGGUUCUGACCCGACAGCGGAGGGGAACCUCUGCCGGCUUCAGACGGUCCCAGACCCUCCUUGGGGAAUACUCGGCAGCAGGAGAUGAUGUGGAGGAAAGCCCCAGUGCGCCCUUCAGAGAGACCACAUCCCCGGGCCGCGAGAAGCAUCCUGCUUCGGAAGGUCCCCUGCGCAGUCUGGCCACCAAUACCCUGUCUUCCUUGAAGGCCUCAGAGAGUCUCUUUGGAUCCAGGCUGAAUCUGCACAAGUCCAGGCUGCUGACUCGAGCAGCCAAGGGCUUCCUGAGCAAGCCGCUGACCAAGGCUCCGGAGCCAACCCCAGGGAGCCAGAACUUCGAUUACAUCCCGCUGGUGUCUCUGCAGCUGGCCUCCGGAGCCUUCCUGCUCAACCAAGCCUUCUGCGAGGCCAUCCACGUCCCCAUGGAGAAGCUCAAGUGGACCUCACCCUUCACCUGCCACCGAGUGCCCCUCACCCGCCAGCCUGAGCCCAAGACCCCAAGUCCCCAGCUGUGCACAGCCGGCCCCUCGGCCCAGCACCUGUCCUGUGAUGGCUUCUCCCCAGAGCCUCUGGUGGGGGGCAAGCCAGGCUGGGAGACCAGGGCUGCGAUCGAACACACAGGGAAGCUUUGGGCUACGGUGGUGGCGCUGGCGUGGCUGGAGCACAGCUCGGCCUCCUACUUUGUAGAGUGGGAGCUGGUGGCCGCCAAAGCCAACUCGUGGCUGGAACAGCAGGAGGUGCCCGAGGGCCGCACGCGGGGCACGCUCAAGGCGGCCGCCCGCCAGCUGUUCGUGCUCCUGCGGCAUUGGGACGAGAAUCUGGAGUUUGAUAUGCUUUGCUAUAACCCGAAUUAUGUGUAG